AUGAAUUUGGAAUCUCCAAAGCACAAAGAUACACCAACCACAUCAGCCAUUAUAGGAAAAAAUAUAGAAAAGUUGGAAGCUACUUCUUCAGAGGAGGCCUCAAAAGUAUUCGAUACCAAUCUAGUAGUAGCAAUGCUUAUUGCAACCGUCACAUUUGCCGCAGCUUUCACCAUGCCGGGAGGACUUAAAAGCGACGGCACGGCGGUGUUGUACGGAGAGGCAUCAUUCCAAGUGUUCUUGCUAUUUGAUGCCUUCUCCUUCUUCUUGUCAAUCCUCGUGGUGUUUCAUCAUUUCAUGGUGGCAACUGUGUCAGGUGUUCUUGUAGCUGCACCUUCAAUUCUCAUUCAGUAUUCAAUUGGAGGAAUGCUCGUAGCUUUUGCUUCUGGCAUGCUUCUAGUGCUGCCCAAACAGUCCGGUGGGCAUUUUGGUGUGCUUAAUUUGUGGGUAUAUAUGCUUGUCUAUAGUCUUUAA